AUCACACUAUCGCACACUAAUUACUCCAAUGAUAGUUCUUAAAACCUGAUUUUACAUUUUUCCCAGCCCCACAUCUUUUUCAAGGAAAAAAAACGAAAUUAGGUUGUUGGGUUUGUAAUCUCUCUCAAUCUCUUUCACUCGGUCUCUCUGUCUUGUUCUCUCUCUCUCUGUUAGAAACCCCUAAAUCGAUUUUUCUUUACAAACUCUAACAAUGUCGUUUUCUAUUUUUUCGGGUUAAGUGUUUUCUGUGUGUAGGUAGGGUUAAGAGAGUUAGGUUGGGUCGGGGUAUUUGGUUUAAGUUGAGUUUUUUUAUUAAUUACGGAUUGACCCUAUUAAUUUAAAUUAAAAAUUAAUUAAAUCCGUUUAUGAUGUUGCCACCACAUAAUUAUGAACUUUGUAUAUGUGACAUGUAUUAACAUAAAUUUGAUGUAGUUUUUGAUACAUUCUAAUACACUGGAUGGUUUCCAUCGUAUUAGAGUAAACAUCGUGUAGAUGAGAAAUUUUUUUCCUUAAUAUUUAUUAUCCUAAGUGUCUCUUAAUACGGAGCAAUCCACCACAGUUCCAUAACAUAGUUAGAAAAUGACAUCUUAAACUAUAGUAUUUUUUGCUCAAAAAAAACUAUAGUGAUUCAAGUAUUUAACUUUUAAUGUGCUGAAAUAUUGGAUUAAUGUUUGGUGAUGGCCAAUAACAGUUUUAGAGUAAAAUUGUGGACAUACCACCCAUGUACGUUGGCUUUGAGCCAAUAAUUUUUUUAAAUCUGGUAUAGGUUUGAAAUAUGAUUCAAUGGAUCUGCCUAAAAUUUGUUAGUUGGGUUUGGAGUUAGGUUAGAUGCAAACUUAAGCCACAUGAUCUCUUCUUUGAUCUCUUCUUUGAUCUUCUCGGUAAAAGAAACAAAAAAGCAGGGAGGGUUACCGGAGGGGAGACAAUAGGAAUAGAUGGUGACGAGUUAAGGAAGCUAACCUCGAUGCUUAACCCGUAGUUCUUGACGUGUAAGCAAUAUUUUGUGAGAAAUUUGUCAAAACUUUGUUGGUCAAAAUUAUAUUUAGCUUUUUAGAAUCUUGCUUCCUUGUUUCUCCGAAUUGACAACGUCAAAUUCAAUAGUUAGGCAACAUCUUUUACAUUUUGUACAAGCAGAAUCUUAAAUUUGAUGAUGUCUUAGUAAUAAAGGACUAGUGCAUGGCAAUAUGUAUAUAUAUUUUCUUAUAGAUAUAAAUUGGUAUCCGCUUUUUAAAAAAUAAAAACAUAUGUAUUACCAGUCAUUUCAAUAUAGGAUAUGUGGUAUCGCUUUAGAAAAAAAAUUAAAUUAGUUAAUCGCUGUGUUUGUCAUAUUCAUAUCUGUUACCAAGAAACGCGAAUCAAUUUGAAAAAACAAAAAAAAAAACAAAAAAUGAUUUAGUUAGAUAUACAUUUAGAGUUUGUAUAUUAUAAACAACUUUACAAUUCUUUAGACUCAUAUUUAUAACCGUCUAAAAAUUCAAUUUUUUUUCUAUUUAGGAAUACAUACUUAUCAUAGAAAAUAUAAUUUUCCUAAUUCUAAAAGGCGUACAAUUCCCCUAGAUGUUAAUUUUGAUAGCAAAUUUAUAUUCCUUGUGACAACAUUUUCAGAAUUAAGUCAUUAACAAUAGCAUAACUAUAUCUUUUGCAGAGAAUACAUUUCACUAGAAUUAUAAAAUGAUAAGUAAAGUAAAGGCGGUGGUUUCAGGAUGGUUCCUCUUGCCUCUAAGUCGUGUACAUAACUUGAGAUUCAAGAUUCCUUUUUAUUCCUUCAACAUUCAAAUAUGGUUUCUGUAGAAACAAGACUUAUCGUUUCCUUCAAAUCUUAUUUAUUUUAUAAAAAGGUGUUAUCAAAAUUCACCUAUAAAUACAUAGGUUCGGAGCAUCCUAAAUAUCAACAAUUCACCUUCUCUCCAAAACCCAUCAAAUCAGGAAAUACAAGCCUUCUAGCAUAUCAACCAUGAAAAACAACAACAACAACAAGAAAAACAUGAAGAUGAAUUCGGGACAAGAGAGUGGUAAUGGUACUACCAACAUCGUUAUUACAGAGACAAGGAAUAAAAAGGUAGAGAGGAAGGCAUCGAUGGACGUGGACCAGUGCGCGGAAGCUUUCAUCACAAAUUUCAGAAAGCAGCUUCUUCUCCAGCGUCUCGAAUCCAUCGACAACAUGCUCUCUCGGGGCCUUUAAAACUAUUUAUGAAUGCACACUUGUUUGUAUGUAUUACUACUCAUGUAUUAUUUAUUUAUUUGGUUGACUCUGAAAGGUCUAGUAUGCAGUAUUUGAGAGAGAAUAAUUGUCAUUUUAGGUUACACUCCACUUUCAUGGGAUUUCUAUUUAAAACUAGUUGAUAAUGAAUUAUAUGUUUAUUUAUUUUACUUGUUUGUUGUGAAUUCUGAUGUAUAACACCAUCGUACUAAAGCAAAAAACAAGAGAGCAUUCAAAUUGAGACAAAUAUCUUCUUGUAUAUGACUUUUCUUAUUAUAUUUGUGAAAACUCAAUACAACCCUAGAAACCCUCUAGAUAAACCUUUAAAUGGAAUGCUGCUACAAUUAGGUAAACUGUAUACACUUUAUUUUUCUUAGAUGUAUUGUGCCCAGACUUGUGUAUAUUUUAGGAGAACCUUUCUGAAUCCACUAUGAUUUAAAAUCAAUUAGAACAAAAAAUAUAUAUUUAGCACGUUAUAUUGGUUCUAAGAUUUUCAAGGGAUUCAUUCAUAAGAGUAAACGAUAACUUAUUUUUUUAUCAUUUUUUGAAAAGAAAAUUAAAUAUUUUGAGGAUUUCAAGAAUCAUAAAUAGGUUAAUUCAAUCUAGAUAUACAAUACGGCACAAAAAAAACGUUGUAGGACUUGAUAGGAACCAACAACAAAAAGACAAAAUACAUGUAAGCAUUAUUGCAUUAAUUCUUGGUUAUAUCAUAUAGUAAGAAGAGCAAGGAGAAUGAUCAUUUCCUCGAGUGGAAUCACAUUCACUGAUUCACGUCGGUCACUUAUUCAUUACACUCCAAAACAAGCA